AUGCCGCCAGCUAAGAAGCGCAAGGCCACUAAUACGGUGCGACGCGAGGAGGCUACAGCACUGAGGAAACAGAUCGCAGUGCUACAGAGCCAAGUGCACAAGCUGCAAGCCCAGGCUGAGCAAGCUUCAAGCGACCACUUGCAGCUGCUCAAACGUUCAUUACGGACUAAAAAUGUGCUCCAGGAACUGUUGCAGGACCAAAAAUUGGUUUUUGCGGGUGCUCAGUCCGAACUAAUGGAUUAUCUGGAGAAGCAGCCUAUGAACCCCCUGUACACGUACAUUCAUCUGCCAAAGUGUUGGGACAAGCGGAAGCAAAUACUGGUGGAUCUCAAAGACGAAAAGCUCACCGUUGCACUUCAGUACAUUCUCGCACGCUCACAGAAUUUAAAUCUGGAGAACCGACACGCUUCGGAACAUCGCUACGAAGACACUGACGGCAACUUCUGCUGCAACCGGUUUGAGGUGAACCACUUGGUUAGAAUCAAGUCAUUGAAAGAGGUUUAUGACGCGGCCAAGUUUUUCUUGACAAACGUGGAGAUCAGCACAACGGAGGCACUGGGCAAUAUUACAGUGAGAGAAGACUACGAUACAGUCGGAGGUGAUGAAUCCAUUGCCAGUUUUCGCUUAAUCUCAGCGCGUCAGAGUGGAAUUGUCACCGAGUCGAACAAAGUGUUUUAUGACAAGUGCUAUGACCACCACGCACUCCUGGACAACCGUCCGUGCGUGGUUAUGGCCACUGACACUGUUGACAUUGAUGAUUUACACCCAUACGAACCGAAAUCGAGAGUUCGACUGGACGUGAGCGCGGUACUCUUCAUGACGGAAAUGCCGAGAGUCAAAGAGGACGAGGUGACUGUAAUUAUGCAGUCUGCAGUCUUCCUGAAGGCUCUUAGUCCACAAUUCGACGUCCCUGCAGAUGCACUUACCGCGAUUGGAGAUGGAACGGCGAGCUGGAUUCGAGUCAUGCUGCAAUCGAUACGUGAAUUCAUUGACGCCUUGUAA